CCCAAAACAAAAGCUUUAUCGUCUCUCUUGAUAACUUUCUUCACCGGAGAAAGAAACGGAAACAGAGAUCAUGGCGUCUUUAACGCAAGACCUGGACAUAGAAGCCAAGACAGACGAUGACAAGAUCGUGGCCUCAGAGUCAGAGACAAGGGAAGCAAAGAAGAAGAAAGUGGAACAGAAAAUCAAAGAUGCUAACCAAGAAGAGGAAAGCAGAGGAGGUACGAUGAUUGUGCCUUCAAGGACGACGACAAAAACAUCACAAAGAAGCUUAGCUGAAGAAGAAGAAAAGGCAAGGGAAGACGAAGACGACUCAGAACAAACCUUGGGGUGUCUGCGCCGAUGGAAAGCUCCGGAGACUCCACCUGAAAAGAUCAUUCACCGCAUCUUAGUCGAGCAAUGCAGCAGACCGAUCCGAAAGCAGCUGACGACGAGCGACGUGAAACAGAACAGGCUGUCUUUAUCGAACUCGCAAGUGAGGAAGAAGUUUCAGCAGCUUCUUAGCGACGAGUCAUGGAAAAACGAGAGUAGGUUCACGAUAUACGGACCAGACGGAAAGGUUCAUGAGAUGUGGCUUGGUAAGAAGAGGUCGUCGUUUGAUUUGACGAUAGGGUGGUGGACGUUCGUGGAAGAGUAUGGGCUCAAGGAGUGUUGUGACUUCGUCACGGUUUGGAUGUUUAGGCACAGAGUCACUCAACGGAUUUGCUUAGCUAUUGAUGUCACAACGUUUGCUCUCAGGAAAGAGGUUAGUAAGAGGAUCUCCGAGGCUGCUUUCGAGGAUUCUGACUAGAGAGUUUGUCUUUGUCAUGUUAAGAGAAAAAAUGUAGAAAGGGAUUUA